CAGUACAGCACCGCGCCUCUUCUAUCGAGCAGUCUGUUCAAGACCAUCUCAGGCUGUUCAUUCGCUGUGCUGUCCUCGUGCCGUGAACUUUGUAUGCGCUUCACGUCGUCACCUCGGAUAAUAUGAGAGCCGUCUCAUGUAAUGUAAAAGUAGAUACAGUAUCUCUGUCAGGAACGCUUUAUCAUUCUUUUGUAAUUAAGUGUACAGUGUUUAUUCUAGUGAAAAUAUCGACGGUACGUGCCUCUCGGGGGAACAGCGCUUGGAUCGUGAAUGUUUUGCGCGUCUGAUGAGGGAAACAUUUAAAAAAUGCUGAUAAGUCGCGCUGGCCAUUCAGACGAAGAGAGAGAUAGAGAGAGAGAGAGAGAGCGGUGAAAAGUCGAAUGCGAAGAAUCGAGAAAGACGAAAUAAAUGGGGACGAAGGUACUCAUCGAGAUGCAACAGCAGCUAAGACAGGCUGUCACCGGCACUGAAAAUCCACCGACCAGCACCAAGCAGCUAGAGGACUUGAUGGACGUCGACAAUUCAAUUUUUCUAGUCUUCGAGGAUAUUACUUACACUGCCAGGCCGUGGUUACUUUCCGGGAGGAAGACUGAACUGUUGAAAAAUGUGAGCGGCGAAUUCAGAGCCGGCGAACUUACGGCGAUUAUGGGACUAUCCGGUGCUGGGAAGUCCACAUUGAUGGAUGUUCUAACUGGCUUUACAACGGCUGGCGUAACAGGGAACAUAAUGGUCAAUUCAAAAGCUAGGAAUCUCAAUGAAUUUCGAAGAUUGUCAGCGUAUAUAAUGCAAAACGACAAUUUGCAGCCACUGUUGACCGUGCAGGAAGCAAUGAACAUCGCUGCCGAGCUAAAGCUUACCAUAAGUUCUCAACAAAAGAAACAAAAGAUUGAUCAGAUUUUGACUACAAUGAGUUUGGACACAUGUCGCUACACACGUACCGGGAAACUCAGCGGCGGGGAAAGGAAAAGACUGGCUAUUGCCUUAGAACUAAUCAACAGUCCACCGAUUUUAUUCCUUGACGAACCCACUAGUGGACUUGACAGCGUGACCUCGAAAUAUUGUAUAACAUUGUUAAAGCAAUUGGCAAAAUCGGGACAAACAGUGAUUUGUUCGAUACACCAGCCUAGCGCCUCGUUGUUGAACAUGAUCGAUCACCUUUACGUGGUGGCGGACGGGAACUGCGUGUACAGCGGUAGCACGCAGAAUUUAGUGCCCUAUUUGAGCAGUCUCGGUUUGCAAUGUCCGACGCAUUACAACCCAGCCGACUAUUUAAUGGAAAUCUGUAACGGGGAUUACGGCAAGCACUUGCCGGAGAUGGUAAAUGCUAUAGAGAAUGGGAAAAAUAACGCAUGGAGGUCAACCAGUAAUGUAACCAACGUCAAUCACCAGGAGGAAGUGAUCGCUUUGAAUGUGACAGCAUCGUUCCAAGCACUUCGGCAACGAUCACCGUUGGAGAUACAGCACGUUCGCAGCAGGCACAAGGGAUCUGCCGAGUAUGCCACUGGCUUUUGGAAGCAACUAGUCAUUCUGCUUAAAAGAAAUGCUAUUAGACUCUCUAGAGAUAAGGUAUUAACAUUCACACGGCUCUCGAUGCAUUUCAUAAUUGCCAUAGUCGUUGGCAUGAUCUACUUCAAAGUCGGCCAGGAUGCUGUCUACGUGCUCGACAACUUUAAUCUUCUUUUCUUCAACAUAAUGUUUCUUAUGUUCAGUGCCUUCAGUGCCACAGUGACUACGUUCCCCUCGGAGUUGCCGAUCAUCAUGCGUGAACAUUUCAAUCGCUGGUACAAGUUACACUCGUUUUACUUGGCCAACAAAAUAGCCGACUUCCCUAUUCAAUUCAUAGCCAUUUGCUUGUACAUCCUCAUCGUGUAUUACAUGAGCGAUCAGCUGCUGGAACUUCAACGAUUUUGUCUCUACACGCUGAUGUGCUUUGCCGUUAGUAUGGUUGCUCAAACGUUCGGCCUCUUAAUUGGGACAGGAAUGAAAGUGCAGCAUGGCAUGAUCUUUGGACCACUCACGAUUCUUCCGUUUCUGAUAUUCAGCGGAUUCUUUGUUCAAUUCAGAGACGCUCAUCCUUACUUGCGAUGGUUGUUCCAUUUGUCAUUUCUCAAAUAUGGUUUCGAGGGUGUGAUGAUCGCUAUUUACGGAUACGACAGGCCGAAGCUUUUCUGUUCAGAUGUUUAUUGUCACUUUGCCAUACCGGAGACGCUGUUAAAUGCCGUAGACAUGAAACAAGCUAAUUACUGGUUCUGUUUGAUCGUGCUGGCCGCCUUGUACGUCAUGCUGGACAUUGGAACGUUCACGCUGCUGAAGUACAAAUUAGAGAAACGCAUAUGAAAAGUAAAAGCACGAGAAUCGAAAAUCCAGAAAGGAAAUUUUGAUAAGAUACUUUCUACGAUCGUGUUGUGUUCAGUGUAAAUAGAACGAUACGAAUGAACUGUUUUAAUUAAAGACUGACGUUUGUUUUCGAAGCCUCUGCGUAAAGAAGAAACGAGAAAGAAAAAGAAAAUGAUCAAAAAAAGCGUGAUUACCGAAGAGAGAUGAAAUUAUAUUUGCAUUUAAUUGUUAUUUUAUUACAGAGAAAGGGGAAAACAGGCGGCGAACGAUGUUGCCUGUACAGUACGACGUUGUACAAACGAUUUGUAUCAAAGUAGAAAUAUAAAUCCUGUUAUCUUGAGAUAGUAAAUCUUAGGGACCUCGAACGAUAACAAAUUUCAUGUACAAAUGAUGUUCGCGCAGAACGUAUCGAGGUAUGAUUAAAUAUAUUAUUUGUACAUUCCA